CCUAGCCAUUUACUAAACCCAGAAUUCGACACUGCUCAGCCUUGCAGAAACCAGCGAGAUGGAGACGUUCAAGGUGCAUUCGCUGCGCGCCAAUAGCACGCUUGCGCCCUCGGGCAUCCUCGUUUGGCCUCGCCAACCGCUGCCCACCUCGGUCCCAUGGACAACCAAAGUCGUAUUUACGCUCGGCUGCCUCUGGAACCUACUUGCACCGCUCAAAGCAUGGGGGCUCUCCCGCUAUGGGUUUGUCCCGACAUCCAGUACGGUGGUUCAGAAUCUCAAUUGGGAUUCGGAACUCAACGGCGCGUUCCUUACCUCGCUCUACGCAGCCGCCGGGAUCGACUCUGGCUACCCCCGAAAUGCCACACGCUACAUCAACGUCGUUCUCGACUUCCUCGUCGCACCGCGCUCGAGUGCGCUCUGGGCGACGGGUUACGCCAACUCGUCGCAUGUGUACCAGAUGAGCUUGAACGGACGGCCGCGCCGGCAGUCGCUCAACGCGUCGCGGGAGCUACGUCGCUUUGCGCACGAUUUGCCGGCGUUCACCGCGCUCGGAUUCGGACUCUGGGGCAGCGAGCGCCUCUUCUCCGCGCUACCGCCGGUCGCCGACGACUGCGGCGUCCAGGACGUGGCCGAGGCCGUGCUGUGCCUCAAAGGCGUCUCGAUGCAGUCGUACGUCAACCUCCAGUACACGUCGCCCUUGUCACCGAGCUCGAAUGCCGACGACGCUGCCGCCGUCGCGGCCUGGGAAGCGCUGAUUUUUCCCGACUUGGCAGCGUGUUUACGCCGGCGCGCGCAGUUGGUCGCGGCCAUGGCAAGCGAAGGGGCCGCGCUCGUCGCGCUCGUGCACGAGCUCAGUGCCAACUACUCCUUAAGCGUUGUCAACGUGGCGGGCGCGGGCUUGUUGUAUGCGCCCGUCACGUUUACAGCCGGCUUUCUCGACAUUUCGGGAGCCCGCGCCGGAAAACUCACGUACCAGCUCAUGGGCCGGGACCCCGCGGCCGUCUACUUGGUGGGCAGCGGCCACUUGGACUCGAUCUUUGUGUCGCGCGAGACCGCGUGGUUUUGCGCGAUUCAAUACGUGGACCCUAUCACCCGCCAGAAGGAUGCAACGCAGUGCUUUGCGCGCGUUGGCGCGACGCUGCCGGCGUUCUUUGCCGCCAAGUACAUUGCCACGUACUCGGGCACGCGGUACAUUGACAACGCGGACGUUGUGCCGUCCGCAAUGGUCGGCAACGUGACGCUGUACACGUGGCGGAGCGUGCCAACGCGCGUCGAUGACCGCCGCGUCCCCACGCAAGGAACGUGGACGUUGCUGUGGCAAGACCUUAUUUCGUCUGUGCACGGGUCGCCCCGCGACACGGCCGCCGCGCUCGAAGAGUUUUGCCUUGUCGGCGACGGCUGCUUCCACGCCUGUCUGAACGAGACCGCGAGCAGUGGCAUGACGCUCACGUACAUGCGCGGCGGCGUGUGCAUCUCGGCGCCCAAUACGAUCUUAUAUGACGCGAACGCCAUCUUUACCGACGCGGCGUGCUUUGGCCGUGGCGACCACCAUGUUCAAGUCACGUACCUCGACGGCGCAGGGGUCCGGCGUCGCGCCGUCGCCAACCACACCGCUGGCCCCUUGGGCAUCCUCGCGUGCUUGAUUGGCGGUCGGCCGCCGUCCAUCGAGCUCCCGUCCUAUGUCAUGGAGAUGCUCACGCAGGGUCCGCAAGCGACGAUCGCAAUCACGGUCGCCAACGGCAGCGAGACGAUCACGCUCAAUUUUCUCUCGCUUCUCUCGCUCCUCGGCCAAGUCUACUUUGCAGUCUCGGUCGCGCUGCACAUGGCGCGGACCCAGAACUGGGCGCAGCUCUCGGUCCAAGCACGCUACAGCCGCGCGACUUGCAACGUCGGGAGCGUCGUCUGGAUACGGCACCGCACGGCCAUGUGCGGCGUCGGGUUCCUUGGUCUCCUCACGUGGCACAUUGGGGCGAUGCGCUGCGGCUGCGAAUGGCGGUCGGACGCCAUGUCCUAUAUCAAACUCGAUCCGAGCUACGUCUGCGCCGUCGACCCGUGGGGCCACAUGUCCAAUGGCUUGGAGUGUCUACGCCUUCUCUCGUUUGCAUGGACCUUCUUUGCGAUGGCGAGCAUGGACAAGGUCCCCGGCGUCACGCGCCACUGGCAAGGCUACCUCAUGGUCGUCGUUCUCUUGGGCUUUGUGCCGUUGACGGUGCUCGCGGCGCUCGUCGGCUACUGCAUGACGCUGCGCUCAACGUACUUUCCGAUUGUUCACAGCCAGUUUGUGCUCGUCGCGCUCUGGUGCACGGUGCUGACCGUCCUGCGCAGCGCGCUCGCCGCGCCCUACAUGCGCCUUGUGGAGGCGUGCUUGCUCGCCGUGGGGCUCCGGCCGCAGCGCAUCGACCGGCGCAGUCUCUUCCACGGCCUCAUUGGCAACGUCUACUGGACGAGCGCGGCGAGCUGGCACGAGACACCAGCAUGCUACGUACCCCUGAGCUUGCUCUUCAAGACCGACGGCGUCCAUCUCAACUACAUCCACGACCAUGCGUACUACCCGAACGGCGUCGUGAACGCUGUGCUAUCGCAGCACCCGCAUCCCGACUGGGUCGAGACCGAGAGAGAGUACUACGUCUGCGCGCGCAUGUGAAGAUCACCAUUCGCAAAGA